ACCGUCCAAGAUGGCUGCCCCGACAGAUGCCGGCCGGGUCCAGGGCGCCGGGGAAGGGCCGGCGGCUCCGGCCGGGGACCUGCGCAGCGUCCUGGUCACGAGCGUCCUGAGCCUGGAGCGGCUGGACGCGGACCUCUUCCGCGGGAGGCACUACUGGGUGCCCGUCACACAGCGACUCUUUGGCGGGCAGAUAGUGGGCCAGGCCUUGGUGGCAGCAGCAAAGGCCGUGAGUGAAGACGUCCAAGUCCAUUCUUUGCAUUGCUACUUUGUGAGAGCAGGGGACCCCACGGUGCCGGUGCUGUACCAGGUGGAGCGCACCCGCACUGGGAGGAGCUUCUCAGUGCGGUCAGUCAAGGCCAUCCAGCAUGGGAAACCCAUCCUCAUCUGCCAGGCCUCCUUCCAGCAGGCUCAGGCAAGCCCUGUGCAACACCAGUUCCACAUGCCCGACGUGCCCCUCCCAGAGGAGCUGCUGACCCAAGAGGAGCUCAUCCAGAAGUACCUACGGGAUCCAAACCUGCUGGAGAGGUACAAAAAGGGCCUCAGCAAGAUGCUGGCGCAGGAAGUUCCGAUCGAGAUAAAGCCGGUCAACCCGCCUGACUUCUUCCAUCGGAACCCGCAGGAGCCCAAGCAGCUCUUCUGGGUGCGGGCCAGAGGCCACAUAGGUGAAUGCGACAUGAAGCUGCACUGCUGUGUGGCUGCCUACAUCUCUGACUUCGCUUUCCUGCGGACGGCCCUGCUGCCACACCAGCACUACAGAGUCAGCUUCAUGGUCUCCCUCGAUCACUCCAUGUGGUUCCACGCACCCUUCCGAGCUGAUCACUGGAUGCUCUACGAGUGCGAGAGCCCCUGGGCCGGCGGGUGCCGGGGGCUGGUGCACGGCCGGCUGUGGCGCAGGGACGGUGUGUUGGCCGUCAGCUGUGCCCAGGAAGGAGUCAUCAGAGUGCAGGAGCCUCUCGCCGAAAGCAAGCUGUAGCCAGUGCUUCCUCCUGCCCUGCCACAGUGCCUGCUGGGAGGCCUCAGCCCUCAUGAACUUGGGCCAAGACCUCCAUGCCUCACCCUGGCCGGAAGCCGCCAUUGAGCCAGCUGGAGACAGGCAGGGUGGACGGACGGACGCGCACAGAGACGUGCAGACGGAAGCACUUGUAGCUUUGCUUUUAUUGGGCGUAGGAGUUACAGACUGGCCCUGGGCUUUCCUUAUUGCUAAUAAAGUGACUGUGGUCCCCACAAA